AUGCGCCAAGUCCCUCCAUGCUUCCUAGGGAGAGGCUUCUUGAGUGCCCCCCAAAGAACUGGGAGGCUAGGUCGUGGUCUGGAGAUGGUAGACGGCCAUCAGGAGCGCUCCACUCAACUGGGUUCGGCUCACUCGAUCGAGCUUGUGGCUCCUCCUCCUCUUCUUCUUCAUCUUCAAAGUGGGUGUGGCUUCCUUGGCCUUGGUGGAGUUGGCUCGCUCGAAGCGGUUGUAGGGAGUCCACUCUGA